CACGCACACGCAGGCGCGCGCGCACGGCUGGCGCGGUGAUUAGCUGCACGUUCGCUCGUUCGCGCCAUCCUUCAGUAUUAAAAAAGAAAAGAAAGAAGACGAGCGACAGGAACGAGGACAUGGGCGGCAGUUCCGCGAGGCGCUCGCCACCGACCGGGUGUGAAUUAGAGUAUUAAAAGGAGACACCCAAACGCUUCUGCUUUCUGUUUGUCCACCAAGCGGACCGUCCUGCUUUAGCGGCGAGGAGGAGGACGAGCGAGGCCACAGAGCAGAGCAGAGAAGCGUGCUGAAAGAGCGAGCCAUGCUCCCGUCCGUGCUGAGGCUUCUUCUUCUCCUCCCCGUUUGGCUCCAGCAGGGCAGCUUUGCGGGAGGCUCGCGGACGGAAUGUGAACCUUCUCAGUUCCAGUGUGGGAAUGGCCGCUGCAUCCCGUCUGUGUGGCAGUGCGACGGGGAUGAGGACUGUUCAGACGGGAGUGACGAGAGCACUUGCGUGAGGAAGACGUGUGCAGAGGCAGACUUUGUGUGCCGCAAUGGCCAGUGCAUCCCCAAGAGAUGGCAUUGUGAUGGGGAGCCAGACUGUGAAGACGGCUCGGACGAGAGCACGGAGGUGUGCCACACCCGAACUUGUCGUAUGAAUGAGUUCAGCUGUGGUGUGGGUUCCACACAGUGUAUUCCUGUCUUCUGGAAGUGCGAUGGCGAGAAGGACUGUGACAAUGGAGAGGACGAAAUCAACUGUGGUAAUAUCACCUGUGCUCCUUUGGAAUUCACAUGCUCCAGUGGUCGCUGCAUAUCGCGGAACUUUGUGUGCAACAGUGAAGAUGACUGUGGUGAUGGCAGUGACGAACAGGACUGUGCUCCCUCUUCCUGUGGCCCAACUGAGUUCCAGUGUGGCAAUGCCACAUGUAUUCCUGGAGGCUGGGUGUGCGAUGACGAUGUGGACUGCCAGGACCAAUCGGAUGAGUCACCGCAGCGCUGUGGGCGGAACCCCACACCACCUGCUAAGUGUUCAUCCAGCGAGAUCCAGUGCGCAUCUGGAGAGUGUAUUCAUCGCAAGUGGCGAUGUGACGGAGAUGCUGACUGCAAAGAUGGCAGCGACGAGAAGAACUGCCCUGCUCGCGCCUGCCGGCCUGACCAGUUCAAGUGUGACGACGGCAGCUGUAUCCAUGGCAGCCGGCAGUGCAACGGCAUCCGAGACUGCGCCGACGGCACAGAUGAAGUCAACUGCAAAAACUUGACUCAGUGUAACGGCCCUGAUAAGUUCAAGUGUCGGAGUGGAGAGUGUAUCGAAAUGAGCAAAGUGUGCAACAAGGCCCGGGAUUGUCCUGACUGGAGCGAUGAACCCAUCAAAGAAUGCAAUUUGAAUGAGUGCCUGCUCAAUAACGGCGGCUGCUCGCAUCUCUGUCGCGACAUGGUGAUUGGCUACGAGUGCGGCUGCACCCCAGGGCUCCAGCUUAUUGAUCGGAAAACCUGUGGAGAUAUCAAUGAGUGUUUAAACCCUGGCAUCUGCAGUCAGAUUUGUAUCAAUCUCAAAGGAGGCUACAAGUGCGAGUGUCACAGCGGCUAUCAGAUGGAUCCCACCACAGGAGUAUGUAAGGCAGUAGGUAAAGAACCAUGUCUGAUCUUUACUAACCGGAGGGACAUUAGGAAGUUGGGGCUCGAGCGCCGUGAGUACACACAGAUAGUGGAACAGUUACGCAACACGGUGGCCCUGGAUGCAGACUUCACCCAGCAGAGAAUCUUCUGGGCAGAUUUGGGACAGAAAGCCAUCUUCAGCACAGUCCUGGACAAACGUGAUGAUAUAGGCACCUACACUAAAGUGAUUGAUAAUGUUCAAAUGCCUGUGGGGAUAGCAGUGGACUGGAUCUACAAGAACAUCUACUGGUCAGACUUGGGCAGUAAGACGAUAGCAGUGGCCAAUUUCAACGGCACAAAGCGGAAAGUGCUGUUUGCCGGUGACUUGAAAGAGCCAGCUUCCAUAGCAGUUGAUCCUCUCUCUGGGUUCCUUUACUGGUCUGACUGGGGAGAGCCUGCCAAGAUUGAGAAGUCUGGCAUGAAUGGGAUAGACAGGCAGGUCCUGGUUGAGACAGACAUUCAGUGGCCGAAUGGAAUCACCCUUGACCUGAUCAAAAGCAGACUCUACUGGGUGGACUCCAAGCUGCACACGCUUUGCAGUGUCGACUUCAAUGGAGAUAACCGACGAAAAGUGCUGCAGUCCCAGGAUUACCUGGCCCACCCAUUUGCCCUCACUGUUUUUGAGGAUCGAGUGUUCUGGACAGAUGGUGAGAGCGAGGCUAUCUAUGGGGCAAACAAGUUCACAGGAUCAGAUGUGACUAUGCUGGCCAACAACCUGAAUGAACCACAGGACAUUAUUGUCUACCAUGAGCUCAUCCAGCUGUCAGGGACUAACUGGUGCAAUGAGAAGAUACUCAAUGGUGGCUGCUCAUACAUGUGCCUGCCAGCACCUCAGAUCAACAAGCACUCCCCAAAGUACACGUGUGUGUGUCCAGAAGGUCAGGAGCUUUCCUCAGACGGCCUGCGGUGUAGACCAGUGGCUCCUACAGACACCCCACAAGAUGAAGGGCGGGUGCUCAUACACACCACACAUCCUCAAGUCAAAGCUUCUCCAAAACCCAAGGUUGCCCCACAGACAAAGCCCAUUGAAGGAAAUAUCAGUACCUCCAUACAUGAGGUGAAAUCGGCCAAAGGAUCAGCUGCUGCCUGGGCGAUUUUGCCUGUGUUGCUCCUGGCCAUGGCUGCAACAGGAGGAUAUUUAAUGUGGCGGAACUGGCAGCUGAAGAACAAAAAGAGCAUGAACUUUGACAAUCCAGUGUAUCUGAAAACUACAGAAGAGGAUCUGAACAUUGACAUCAGCAGACAUUCUGCGUCUGUUGGUCACACGUAUCCUGCUAUUUCUGUGGUAAAUACUGAGGAUGACUUGUCAUAACCAGGCCUGUACACCUCUCCCGUUCAUGAACUGUCCACUUGGGACCUUCUUGCCAACCGCUGCUUUUGCAGCAGACUGACAGAUGCCUUCCGACAUGCAUUUUGCAGUUGUAUUUCUUGGGGGUGGUGUGCGUGCUCUUGUGUGGGAAUAUGAUGGAUUACUUCCUCUGCCUAAAGCGUUACAGAAUCAAGGAUAUGGCCCUUCACUGAUUCUGCCCUUCUCUUGCCCUCUUAAAUUGAUUCAGCAUCAAACAGCUCUUGGCUCUGAGGCAUUGAGAGUCUAGAAUUCGGAGACUCCAGACUUUUUUGUGUGUGAGUGAGAGAAUAUUUAAAAUUGAAAUGCAUAUUUUUAGGCAGUGAUGUCUUUAAGAUGCAAGUUUCCUAUUUGGUUUAAGCUUAGGAGCAUUUACAUCCAGAAGCACAUUCUUAUGAAGCUUCUCGUGUCUGUCCAGGGGUGAAAAACUCCAAGUUCUUUAAGAGGAGUGCUGUUGGAACAUUUGUAAAACACUGUACAUAACCCUGUCUUUAAACAUAAUCAGGAUUCUUCACGCACUUUGAUCAAAUGGUCCUGUGUAAAUAAGAUUGUAUACAUUUGACUGAAUCAGUUUUGCUAUGGUGGGUCAUAGUACCAGGGUAGAAAAUGUAUUGCGAAAAAAGUUUGUUAAACUAUUUUGUAUGUUUGUGUGCUGUUCCUGUGACCUUUUUAUAGCAUUGUACAGGGGGACUAAAUGCUCUGUAUUGUUAAAAAGAAACAUUUGCGAAGACUUAAAAUAAAAUGAAAUGGUCAGUUAAAUCGGA